AUGUGUGACGAAGAUUCGUAUACCUUUUACUUUUUUUCCAUUCAAAUACAACCCGAUGACAUGUCAUGUUUUACAGAAGACCUCUCCAUCAUGGAAUCUCUCAGCCUCGCCUUGCAACCUUACAGGGAGAGCAUCGGCCAGAUAGCCAGCAUUGUCACGAUAGCCCAAUUCUUCGCGGGCACCCUCGUAUGCAAGGAGAUCUACGAGAAGAAAUCCACGAAAGGGGUGAAUCCCACGCCGUUCAUCGGCGGUAUCGCGAUAGGGAUACUAACGUUGAAACUGGCCUUUAUCAUGAACGACGCAGCCAUGUUUCAAGUGAACGUAGCCGCUAUAAUACUGAACACGUGCUACACGUUGUUUUACUAUAACUACGCUGGCGAUAAAUACGAAGAAGUUUUAAAACCCGUAGGCAUGGCCGGUGGGCUUACGGCUGUAUUUUUAGGUUAUGCGAAUUGGGAGGAUCCGUCGAAUGUGGAGUUUCGAUACGGUUUGUUGCUUACUAUGUUGAUGUUACUGUUACUCGCAGCUCCUUUGGCUGAAUUGAAAACAAUUUUGGACAAUGAAGAUGCAUCGUCUAUACCAUUUCCUCUUACGUUUAUGGCCACUUGCGUGACGUUCUUGUGGCUCUUGUACGGUUUAGCUAUUAAUAAUCUGUUCAUGGUGGUGCAAAAUGUCGCCGGAUUCCUAAUUUGCGCUCUGCAAUUGUGGCUAAUUUACACGUACCCCGGACACAGGUCAGACAUUAAACCUAAAAAGAAGAAGCAACAAUAG